UACUUUUCUCGCGCUGGGACUGAGGUAUAUAAGGCGGGGGAAGGACAGCCUCGGCACGAAGGAGCUUCAUUCCGUUUCGUCAGGAGUUCUGGACAGAGGCUAACCUAACACUCAACCCUUCACGAUGGCUAACGCUACAGGACCACAGAUGGCUUUCUACGGGUCUGCAAACAUGGACUUUGGAUACCCCGAAGGAGUCAGCAUUGUUGACUUCGUACGGCCCGAGAUCAAGCCUUACGUGCAUCAGCACUGGUACAACUACCCGCCCGUGAACCCCAUGUGGCACUACCUCUUGGGUGUGAUCUACCUGUUCCUCGGGACCGUCUCCAUCUUCGGCAAUGGCCUAGUGAUCUACCUUUUCAACAAAUCCGCGGCCCUUAGGACCCCUGCCAACAUCCUGGUGGUCAACCUCGCCCUGUCUGAUCUCAUCAUGCUUACCACGAACGUUCCUUUCUUCACUUACAACUGCUUCAGCGGUGGUGUUUGGAUGUUCAGCGCCCAGUACUGUGAGAUCUACGCCUGUCUCGGAGCUAUCACCGGCGUGUGCAGCAUCUGGCUGCUGUGCAUGAUCUCCUUCGACAGGUACAACAUUAUCUGCAACGGUUUCAACGGCCCCAAGCUGACCUCUGGCAAGGCCAUCGUUUUUGCCUUCAUCAGCUGGGCCAUUGCUAUCGGUUGCGCCCUUCCCCCCUUCUUCGGCUGGGGCAACUACAUCCUGGAGGGAAUCCUGGACUCCUGCAGCUACGACUACCUCACACAGGACUUCAGCACUAGGAGCUACAAUAUCUUCAUCUUCAUCUUCGACUACUUCCUCCCGGCCGCGGUCAUCAUCUUCUCCUACGUCUUCAUCGUGAAGGCUAUCUUCGCUCACGAGGCCGCCAUGCGCGCACAGGCCAAGAAGAUGAACGUGUCCACCCUCCGCUCCAACGAAGCCGAUGCCCAGCGUGCCGAAAUCCGCAUCGCUAAGACUGCCCUCGUCAACGUUUCUCUGUGGUUCAUUUGCUGGACCCCCUAUGCCGUCAUCAGUCUGCAGGGUGUAAUGGGUGACACUAGUGGCAUCACCCCUCUGGUUUCCACCCUGCCCGCUCUGCUGGCCAAGUCCUGCUCUUGCUACAACCCCUUCGUGUACGCAAUCAGCCACCCCAAGUACCGUCUGGCCAUCACCCAGUACUUGCCAUGGUUCUGCGUGCAUGAGACGGAAACGAAGAGCAACGACGAUUCUCAGUCGAACUCCACUGUGGCCCAGGACAAGGCCUAAACCAGCGGACUAAGCGCCACAAAGAUGCUUAACGAACUCCUGACUCGCUACGAUUGAAUGAACCUUCGACAGAAGUACGAUAUUGAGUACGAUCCCUCGACGAAUUCCCUCAAACUCCUUAUAACGAGAGGCCUCUUGGUUAUAAACCACUCAAUAAACCUCAGCAAUUCCUA